AUGAGUUUGCUUCGCGUGCUGAUUGUCUCUCUCCUGACGGUGACCACCCAGCUGAGCGUGCGCUCGGACGGAGACGGUGCGGGUGCGGAUGACAAGGUGGACUCUCUCGUGUAUGAGUUCGGGGGGUUCUUCGAGUUCGUCGGGCAGGUUAGCGAUGCUCCUGCUGCUCCUGGCGAGCAGGCGGCGCAGCAGCAGCUCGUCGGGCACGACCGCAAGAGCGACGAGGCCUGGCCAGUGGGGUCGUGGCACGCUCCACUUCGGUCGAACGAAACCUACCCAGGGAAGGCGAACUGGCCGUUGUUCGACACGCCGCAGUGCUCCGCCGACGACAUGACGGUCAUCAACUACUGGGCGCUGAAGCAGGCGAAGAAGACGCUCCCGCAGGCCGCCCGCGCGGGGGACUUCAAGACGGGGUCCUGCUACAAAACGUUUACGACCGACUGGUGGUUCGGGAUCUCGCAGUGGGUGUCGUGCUACCAGGAGUUCUACAACGUCUCCACACCGUGCGCCACCUGCAUAGGUAGCGUCUACAACAUGGCCAAGUACAACAUGUCCGAGAACUGCUACAACCUCUGCAAAGGCCGCCCGUCGAGGAGGGACGGCUCCCACUGGUGCUGGGAGGACUGCCAGCAGUGCAUGUGGUACGUCGGGCGGAAGCUGUCGGACUGCUACGGUGAGCCCUACGACAUGACGUGCCGCUAUGGCAAGGAGCUUGGCAAGGAGGGGUACUUCGAGAAGAACGGCAUCGACCCCAACCUGUUCGUGGCCAGCGGCGUGUCCAGCCUGGCCUUUGCAGUAGACGUCGAGCUAAUGCAGAUGUCGACCAUCGUUCCAGACGCAGCCACUCGGCGGACCGGCGCGACGUUGUUAAUGAAGCUGAAGGCGGGCUCCACCACUUUCCAGUACGACUCCAGUUAUUGGACAGAUGGCAGUUCGGUGUUGAACGAGGCCAGCGGUGCUUCCAGCAGCGACUCUGACGACGAGGACGUCAAGAUGUCGGCGUUCAACACAGUUUCGAUCUCUGCCCUCACGUUGUGCUACAAGACGUUGGACAAUUGCUACACGUACGAACUGGGUGCGACGUACACCAGCGCGCAAUCGCUUUUCAGCUCGGGUUUCAUCCGCAGCCUCAACAUGGGUCAUGGCUCUGGAACCGCUGCCGAAGGAAAGAAGGCCUGGACCGACCUGUUUCUGCCGCCGGGAACGGCAACCUGGUACGACGACUUCUGGAAUGGGAACGGAGGUGGCAAUUGCGAUAUGCAGCGGCCAGGAAUCAACACCCAGUGCAAUGACAACAAUUGGGCCCGCAUCGGGUACUGCGUGAACCUUCCUGACCAGAGUUGCCAGUCCUCUGACAGCAGCGAUGCCGAUUCUCCUGUAGGGAUCGGGCUGAAGACGCAGAACUGGCCCAACAAUGUCAACGCCCCUUUCGGCGAGUACUUCAUACAUGGCGCCGGGACGUCUGUGGUGCAGAGCUUCCAGCACCAAAUGGCGCAUGUCAUUCUGUUCGCCAGCCUGUUCGUGGCCAGCGGCGUGUCCAGCCUGGCCUUUGCAGUAGACGUCGAGCUAAUGCAGAUGUCGACCAUCGUUCCAGACGCAGCCACUCGACGGACCGGCGCGACGUUGUUAAUGAAGCUGAAGGCGGGCUCCACCACUUUCCAGUACGACUCCAGUUAUUGGACAGAUGGCAGUUCGGUGUUGAACGAGGCCAGCGGUGCUUCCAGCAGCGACUCUGACGACGAGGACGUCAAGAUGUCGGCGUUCAACACAGUUUCGAUCUCUGCCCUCACGUUGUGCUACAAGACGUUGGACAAUUGCUACACGUACGAACUGGGUGCGACGUACACCAGCGCGCAAUCGCUUUUCAGCUCGGGUUUCAUCCGCAGCCUCAACAUGGGUCAUGGCUCUGGAACCGCUGCCGAAGGAAAGAAGGCCUGGACCGACCUGUUUCUGCCGCCGGGAACGGCAACCUGGUACGACGACUUCUGGAAUGGGAACGGAGGUGGCAAUUGCGAUAUGCAGCGGCCAGGAAUCAACACCCAGUGCAAUGACAACAAUUGGGCCCGCAUCGGGUACUGCGUGAACCUUCCUGACCAGAGUUGCCAGUCCUCUGACAGCAGCGAUGCCGAUUCUCCUGUAGGGAUCGGGCUGAAGACGCAGAACUGGCCCAACAAUGUCAACGCCCCUUUCGGCGAGUACUUCAUACAUGGCGCCGGGACGUCUGUGGUGCAGAGCUUCCAGCACCAAAUGGCGCAUGUCAUUCUGUUCGCCAGCCUGUUCGUGGCCAGCGGCGUGUCCAGCCUGGCCUUUGCAGUAGACGUCGAGCUAAUGCAGAUGUCGACCAUCGUUCCAGACGCAGCCACUCGACGGACCGGCGCGACGUUGUUAAUGAAGCUGAAGGCGGGCUCCACCACUUUCCAGUACGACUCCAGUUAUUGGACAGAUGGCAGUUCGGUGUUGAACGAGGCCAGCGGUGCUUCCAGCAGCGACUCUGACGACGAGGACGUCAAGAUGUCGGCGUUCAACACAGUUUCGAUCUCUGCCCUCACGUUGUGCUACAAGACGUUGGACAAUUGCUACACGUACGAACUGGGUGCGACGUACACCAGCGCGCAAUCGCUUUUCAGCUCGGGUUUCAUCCGCAGCCUCAACAUGGGUCAUGGCUCUGGAACCGCUGCCGAAGGAAAGAAGGCCUGGACCGACCUGUUUCUGCCGCCGGGAACGGCAACCUGGUACGACGACUUCUGGAAUGGGAACGGAGGUGGCAAUUGCGAUAUGCAGCGGCCAGGAAUCAACACCCAGUGCAAUGACAACAAUUGGGCCCGCAUCGGGUACUGCGUGAACCUUCCUGACCAGAGUUGCCAGUCCUCUGACAGCAGCGAUGCCGAUUCUCCUGUAGGGAUCGGGCUGAAGACGCAGAACUGGCCCAACAAUGUCAACGCCCCUUUCGGCGAGUACUUCAUACAUGGCGCCGGGACGUCUGUGGUGCAGAGCUUCCAGCACCAAGACGUCAAGAUGUCGGCGUUCAACACAGUUUCGAUCUCUGCCCUCACGUUGUGCUACAAGACGUUGGACAAUUGCUACACGUACGAACUGGGCGCGACGUACACCAGCGCGCAAUCGCUUUUCAGCUCGGGUUUCAUCCGCAGCCUCAACAUGGGUUAUGGCUCUGGAACCGCUGCCGAAGGAAAGAAGGCCUGGACCGAUCUGUUUCUGCCGCCGGGAACGGCAACCUGGUACGACGACUUCUGGAAUGGGUACGGAGGUGGCAAUUGCGAUAUGCAGCGGCCAGGAAUCAACACCCAGUGCAAUGACUACAAUUGGGCCCGCAUCGGGUACUGCGUGAACCUUCCUGACCAGAGUUGCCAGCCCUUUGACGGCAGCGAUGCCGACUCUCCUGUAGGGAUCGGGCUGAAGACGCAGAACUGGCCCAACAAUGUCAACGCCCCUUUCGGCGAGUACUUCAUACAUGGCGCCGGGUCGUCUGUGGUGCAGAGCUUCCAGCACCAAAUGGCGCAUGUCAUUCUGUUCGCCAGCCUGUUCGUGGCCAGCGGCGUGUCCAGCCUGGCCUUUGCAGUAGACGUCGAGCUAAUGCAGAUGUCGACCAUCGUUCCAGACGCAGCCACUCGGCGGACCGGCGCGACGUUGUUAAUGAAGCUGAAGGCGGGCUCCACCACUUUCCAGUACGACUCCAGUUAUUGGACAGAUGGCAGUUCGGUGUUGAACGAGGCCAGCGGUGCUUCCAGCAGCGACUCUGACGACGAGGACGUCAAGAUGUCGGCGUUCAACACAGUUUCGAUCUCUGCCCUCACGUUGUGCUACAAGACGUUGGACAAUUGCUACACGUACGAACUGGGUGCGACGUACACCAGCGCGCAAUCGCUUUUCAGCUCGGGUUUCAUCCGCAGCCUCAACAUGGGUCAUGGCUCUGGAACCGCUGCCGAAGGAAAGAAGGCCUGGACCGACCUGUUUCUGCCGCCGGGAACGGCAACCUGGUACGACGACUUCUGGAAUGGGAACGGAGGUGGCAAUUGCGAUAUGCAGCGGCCAGGAAUCAACACCCAGUGCAAUGACAACAAUUGGGCCCGCAUCGGGUACUGCGUGAACCUUCCUGACCAGAGUUGCCAGUCCUCUGACAGCAGCGAUGCCGAUUCUCCUGUAGGGAUCGGGCUGAAGACGCAGAACUGGCCCAACAAUGUCAACGCCCCUUUCGGCGAGUACUUCAUACAUGGCGCCGGGUCGUCUGUGGUGCAGAGCUUCCAGCACCAAGCAUGGCUCUUUGCAGGAUCGGGCUGUGUUGCUGGGAAGCGGAUUAGCAGUGUUUGGCCGUGGUCGCAUGGCCCAAGCUUUGCCAGGCACCGUGCCCGAUCUAUAGGGUUCGACACGGGGGGGGGGGGGGGGGUCCACCUGCACGGAGUCGAGUACCACGUCGCGGACCAGCACUACGGAUUCCAGCAGCACAACGGCAUCCACCACUACGGCAUCCAGCACCACGUCGCGGACAAGCACCACGGAAACGAGCAGCACCACGGUUUCUACCACGACGGCGUCGAGCACCACGUCGCGGACCAGCUCUUCGGCAACGAGCAGCACUACGAGGUCGACUACCACGGAGUCCAGCACGACGUCCUGGACCAGCACUACGGAAACGAGCAGCACAACGAGAUCUUCCACUACAGGGUCAAGCACUACGUCGAGAUCCAGCACUACGGAAACGAGCAGCUCCACGAGGUCUUCUACUACGGAGUCGAGCACCACAUCAGGGACCAGCACCACGCAAUCGAGCAGCACCACAGGGUCCACGACUACCGAGUCGAGCAGUACCACGGUGUCCAGCACCACGGAUUCGAGCACGACUUCGCGGACCAGCACCACGGAAACGAGCAGCACAACGGGGUCCACCACCACGGCAUCCAGCACCAUUUCGCGAACAAGCACUACCGAAUCGAGCACUACCACGGUGUCCACCACGUCGGACAGCACCACGGUGUCCACCACGUCAGAGUCGAGUACCACGUCGCGGACCAGCACAACGGACUCAAGCAGUACCACCCGGUCCACCACGACGGAGUCGAGCAGUACCACGGGGUCCAGUACGACGGAGACGAGCACUACGUCGCGGAGCAGCACUACGGAAACCAGCAGUACCACAGAGUCCACAACGACGGAAUCGAGCACGACGUCUCGGACGAGCAGCACAGAAACGAGCAGCACCACCGCUUCCACCACAGCACAGUCUUCUACUACAGAGUCGAGCACUACGUCGAGAUCCAGCACUACGGAAACGAGCAGCUCCACGAGGUCUUCUACUACGGAGUCGAGCACCACAUCAGGGACCAGCACUACGGAAACGACCAGCACCACAGUGUCCACGACUACCGAGUCGAGCAGUACCACGGUGUCCAGCACUUCGGAUUCGAGCACGUCAUCGCGGACCAGCACCACAGAAACAAGCAGCAUAACGGGGUCCACCACCACGGCAUCCAGCACCACUUCGCGAACAAGCACUACCGAAUCGAGCACUACUACGGUGUCCACCACGUCGGAGUCUAG